AUGUUGUUUCGAUAUGUUUUAAGCAUUGUGUGUAAAACAUCGAUAAUUUCAUACUUGAAGUUACUAAAAUCUUCAUCAAUCAAAACAAACCCUAAAAUCCCGCCUGAUACCCACCUCAACUACCUCCAACCCACACCGUCUUUCCCGAUGUUUUUCUUCAUAAUCAUCCCUUUCUUAGGUCCGAGUGGGUUACCAGUUUUGAAUUACAGUACUGGACCACCUACGCUUCCUGGAUCUGGUCCCGGUCCCGCUUCUUCAGCUCUUGGUUCUUCCAAUUUCGUUCAUGGAACUAAUCUUCCCUCUGCUUCUUCUCCUCUUAACCAGCUGUUAGGGAGGGAAGAUACGGGAUCCCUAGAGCGGGGUCGUUAUCGGUACAAUCAAAUGUUGUCUGCAAGAAACGCAAAUCAUGUUGUUAGAGUUGUGCUUGAAAACCCUUCAGACAAGACAAAGGUGCAUCUCAUCUAUGCUAAUGUCAUGGGGAAAGUUGGACUUGGCGGCCAUCUAUCUGCGAUUGAAACUGGGAUGAAGUUUUACAUAUCAAACCUUGAUUACAGUGUCUCAAAUGACGAUAUUAAGGAGAUUUUUGCAGAAGUUGGUGACCUAAAAAAGUAUUCUAUACAUUAUGAUAGAAGUGGGAGAUCAAAGGGGAUGGCUAUGAUAUUGUAUUCAAGAAGGCAAGAUGCAUUGGCGGCUAUCAAAAGGUAUAACAAUGUCCAACUUGAUGGGAAGCCAAUGAAUAUAGAGAUAGUGGGAUUAAACAUUGUGGCCCCUAUUGCUGGUUUUUCAUUUCCAAACAGCUCUUUUGGAAACAUGGAUGGUUUUCCAAGAAGGUGCAAUAUUUUAAAGCGUGUUCCCAAUAGUGCCCUUUGGCUUCUCAGGUUCCCAGUUGCCGGUGAAAUGAGACUUCGUGCUUAUGCUGUUGCACAGGGUGCGCAACCAAACCAUAGUAUUUUCACUGAUGUUGCUAUGAAGAACCAACACAUCAGACACAGUUCUUUGGCAGAUCUUUGUCUUGAUACGUAA